GCAGGGAACACGCUGAUGACGUCACGUUUCCGCGCGCUCACUUUGCCUUUGAGUCGGAAGUUCUGCCUGCAGCACGUCAACGUGACUUUACACAUCCUCGACACCCUUUGCUAUAUUGUAAUAGCUGAUAUGGCGACAUCUGAAAAGAGAAAGCUUUCCUGGGAUAAAGACAACAGUGCUCGUGCAGGAACGUCGAAAAUAAAAGGUGGGACUACUGCAGAUGAAGGACAGCGGCAGUUCGUGGAGGGCUCCAUCGUUAGGAUCAAGCUUGUGAACUUCUUAACCUAUGACUUCUGUGAGAUAUACCCUGGAUCAAAUUUAAACAUGAUUAUUGGAGCAAAUGGGACAGGCAAAUCCAGUAUAGUUUGUGCCAUCUGUCUAGGUCUUGCUGGGAAGACUUCCUUCAUAGGUCGAGGAGAUAAGGUUGGUCUCUAUGUAAAGCGAGGUUGCAGUAAAGGAGCAAUUGAAAUUGAACUAUGGAAGAAUGAAAGAAACAUUAUAAUAAGUCGAGAAAUUCAAGUUGAAAACAACCAGUCAACAUGGACAAUUGAUGGGAAGCAUGCAUCUCAAAAACAAGUUGAAGAAACAGUUUUUGCACAUAAUAUUCAAGUUGGAAAUCUUUGUCAGUUUUUACCUCAGGAAAAAGUAGGAGAGUUUGCAAAAAUGUCCAAGACUGAACUGCUAGAAGCAACAGAAAAAUCAGUGGGACCCCCAGAGAUGUACAAAUUUCACUGUGAUCUGAAGAGCUUUCGUACAAGAGAGCGAGAAUUGGAGAAUCAGUGUAAAGAAAAAGCUGCAUUUUUAGAGAAGAUGAAGCAGAGAAAUGAGCGAUACAAGCAAGAUGUUGAACGCUACUAUGAAAGAAAGCGUCACUUAGACAUGAUCAACUUACUGGAGAGGAAAAAGCCAUGGGUAGAGUAUGAGACAGUUCGCAAAGAGUAUGAAGCAACAAAAAGUGAAAAGGAGCAAGUUAAAAAAGAUAUUAAGAAGUUAAAAGAUGAACAGUCACCAUUAUUGCAGAAAAUUAAAGAGCUAGAGAAUCAGGCAGGAUCUGCUGAAGCAAAAAAUAAAGAAAAGGGUUUGAAGAUUCGAGAAGUGUCUAACAAAUGCAAGCAGAAACAGGAACUGCUGGAACAAAAGGACAAAGAGAUUGAAGAUAUCCAGCAGUGUUUCAAUCUUCGGCGUGAAGAAGAAGCUGAGCGUCAGAAAAAGAUGAGUACUACACGUCGUAUGAUUGAGGAUUGGGAGAAUGAGUUGAGUAAUAUAGGAAAUCUGGACCAUGUGCAGACUGGUCUUGAUGACGUUGCUGAACAACUAAAGAGGUUGCAAGAAGAGAAGGCAACAGUAGACAGUGAGCACAGUGAACUACGAAGAGAAAAGGAACGACGAGAAGGGGAAAAAAAGCGGAUUACAGACAAAAUUAAAGAACUAGAAGACAUGAUGAACAUGAAGGUGAAUAAACUGAAGCAAAGAUUUAAUGAAACAUACAAAGCUAUUGAAUGGCUGAGAGAAAACAGAGAUCGGUUUCAGGGGAAUGUAUAUGAACCUAUGAUGCUUGUAAUUAAUAUGAAGGAUCCUAGGCAUGCAAAAUAUGUUGAACACCACAUCUCCACAAAUGAUCUUAGGGCUUUUGUUUUUCAAAGAAGAGAUGAUAUGGAAUUAUUUUUAAGAGAGGUGAGAGAGAUCCGCAGAUACAGGGUUAAUACCAUUCUUGCACCUGCAAAAUCGAUGGCACACCAACCACCUUCCAGACCAAUACAACAGCUAAAGUGUUAUGGCUUUUUCUCUUACUUGAGGGAGCUUUUUGAUGCUCCAGAAGAAGUCAUGAGUUACCUUUGCCAACAGUAUUGGAUACAUGAUGUUCCUGUAGGGACUGAGCAGACCAAAGGAAUGAUUGAAAAAGUUAUAAAAGAAGCUCAGCUGAAACAAAUGUACACAGCAGAAGAAAAAUAUGUAGUAAAAAAAUCUGCGUACAGUAACAAAGUCAUUUCCAGUAACUCUUCCCUGAACCAACCCAAUUUUCUCAUUUUAAGUGUGGAUGCUGAUAAAAGAAAAGAUUUGGAUAAUCAGCUGAAGGCACUGGGAGAAAAUCUGAAAUCAUUGGAUUCACAACUAAAAGCUCUUACAGAACGUCAGAAUUUGCUUUCUCGUAAUGACAAUCAACUGAGACAGAAGAGGAAAGAGCUGUGUGAACUAAAGGGGAAGAAAAGACAACUUGAGCAAAAAAUUAGCAGUAAACAAUACAGUUUACAACAGUUAGAACAGUAUGCAAUCAAUCUAACUGAGGAAGAAGAAAGAAAAAACUCCAAGAUAAAAGCAGUUUAUGUCCAUAAAGUCCAUCUCGCCAUAGAAUUCAUGCAGUUUAGUCAAGAAUGUGCAAAUCUAAACAUCAAAAAAGUGAACCAUGUUAUUGAAAGUGCCCAGAUAAAUGCCCAGAAGAGUAAACUGGAAACAGACUGCAGAGAAGGAAACCUACAAAUGAAAGAACUUGAGAAAAAAUAUAAUGAACUGGAAAAAAGGAAACAGGAGCUGGUACAAAAAUGCAAGAUGUUGUUGGAAAAGGCAAAGCGUGCUUGCAAUAUGGACCCAGCGCAGAAAGAAGUUCCUGAAGAACUUCAGUCUGGAUUUCUGCGACUUCCAAAUACUUUAGACGAAAUUGAUGCUAUGAUUAAUGAAGAGCAAUCUAGAGCAGCUUGUUUUACUGGACUGAAUGCUUCGGUUGUUGAAGAAUAUACAAAAAGGACCCAAGAAAUACAGAGUCUAACCAGAGAAUUAGAAGAAAAGAAAAAGGAAUUAGAUGAUUAUAAGGAAAAUAUUUCUCAGGUGAAAGAAAGAUGGCUAAACCCUCUUAAAGAGCUAGUUGAUCAAAUUAAUGAAAAGUUUGCUGAAUUUUUUCGCUCUAUGCAGUGUGCUGGAGAAGUGGACCUUCACUCAGAAAAUGAGGAGGAAUACGACAAGUAUGGAAUCCGCAUUCGAGUAAAGUUUCGUAGUAACACUCAGCUACAUGAGCUCAACCCAUUUCAUCAGAGUGGAGGAGAGCGUAGUGUUUCUACAAUACUCUAUUUAAUGGCCCUGCAGGAGUUGAACCGCUGCCCUUUUCGAGUGGUUGAUGAAAUUAAUCAGGGAAUGGACCCAGAAAAUGAAAGGAGAGUUUUUGAAAUGGUAGUUCGCACAGCUUGCAAGAAGAGUACAUCACAAUACUUCUUUAUUACUCCCAAGCUGCUUCAAAACCUGACAUUUGCAGAAGAAAUGACUGUUCUUUCUGUCCACAAUGGACCAUAUAUGUGUCGUCCAAACAAAUGGAGUAUCAAAGCAUUUCUCAGACGAAGACAGCGUCUUCAGCGUAUGGUAUCCCAGUCAUAUCAUCAGUAAUUUAUAACCUUAGAAGUAUUCACUAUAUACAUUACAGUAUU